CAACUCAAGCCAUCUGACCACCUCCCGCCGAGAUUGUCGACGCUGCAUGGCCCUCUCACUGCAAACAGACCCAGGGAUUUGGGUCGCCAAUCUUGAGAAAGACUUAAGAACCUCGCCUUUCUUCUCAUAAGCCUCUGUUGGGGGGUGGCUAUCUCGCCUCUGGAAGGGUUGAUUGCCUUGUCUGCUCAUCCUCCUUCCAUUCAACAUGUCGCCAACCACCACCUCCAUCCCCCAAGAUGCCUACUACGAUUUUAUUAUCGUGGGAGGUGGCACGGCUGGCUGUGUUAUUGCAUCCCGCCUCUCCGAAUACCUUCCGACUAAGUCUGUCCUCUUGAUUGAGGCUGGCCCUAGCGACUACAUGGAUGAUCGUGUACUCCUUCUCAAAGACUGGCUCCAGCUUCUGGGAGGAGAGCUGGACUACGACUAUGGCACAACCGAGCAACCAAUGGGCAAUUCGCACAUCCGACACUCACGUGCAAAGGUCCUCGGAGGAUGCUCAUCACACAACACGCUCAUCUCGUUCAGGCCCUUCGAGUUUGACUGCAAGAGAUGGGAAGCCCAGGGAUGCAAAGGCUGGAGCUUCAAGAUGUUCUCCCGCGUCCUCGACAACCUCCGCAACACCAUCCAGCCUGUUCACGAGAGGCACAGGAACCAGCUUUGUCUUGAUUGGGUUGACUCUUGCUCAACAGCUAUGGAUAUCCCGGUGAUUCAUGACUUCAACCACCAGAUCAAGACGACAGGUUCUCUGAAACCUUGCGUUGGCUUCUUCUCUGUAUCAUACAACCCGGAUGAUGGACGCCGAAGCAGUGCGAGUGUAGCGUACAUCCAUCCUAUUCUCCGUGGUGACGAAAAGAGGCCUAAUUUGACCGUUUUGACUAAUGCCUGGGUGAACAAAGUCAACGUCGAAGGAGCCAAAGUCACAGGAGUCAAUGUGACACUUCAGAGCGGUGAACAGCGGACUCUCCACCACAAAGCAGAAACCAUCCUUUGUGCUGGUGCUGUUGAUACACCCCGUUUGAUGCUCCUCUCUGGUCUAGGUCCCAAGAAGCAGCUCUCGGAUCUGGGUAUUCCGAUUGUCAAAGAUAUUCCCGGCGUUGGUGAGAACUUGCUUGAUCAUCCUGAGAGUAUCAUCAUCUGGGAGUUGAAUAAGCCUGUUCCUCCGAACCAAACUACUAUGGACUCAGAUGCAGGUAUCUUCCUUCGCCGUGAGGUUAAGAAUGCUGCUGGCACAGAUGGAGAUAUUGCUGAUAUGAUGAUGCACUGUUAUCAGAUUCCAUUCUGUCUGAACACUUCACGACUCGGUUAUGACGCUCCUAUCGAUGCCUUCUGUAUGACGCCUAACAUUCCGCGACCACGCUCACGUGGACGUAUCUACCUUACGUCUGCAGACCCCAACGUGAAGCCAGCCCUCGACUUCCGCUAUUUCACUGAUCCAGAAGGCUAUGACGCUGCCACUAUCGUUGCGGGUCUACGAGCAGCUAGGGAAGUAGCCAAGCAAGCUCCAUUCUCGCAGUGGCUCAAGCGUGAAGUUGCUCCCGGCCCUAAGCUACAAACCGAUGAAGAGCUCUCAGAGUACGGACGCCGAGUCGCGCAUACAGUGUAUCAUCCCGCUGGAACGACCAAGAUGGGUGAUGUCACGAAGGACGAAUUUGCUGUCGUGGACCAUGAGCUCAAGGUUCGAGAUUUGGAGGGAGUGAGGAUUGCAGAUGCAGGUGUCUUCCCUGAGAUGCCUACUAUCAACCCUAUGCUCACAGUGCUCGGUGUUGGAGAGCGUGCUGCUGAGUUGAUUGCUCAGCAGUGGGGAUGGAAAGGAUUGGAGAAGGAGAAGUUGUGAAAGCGGAUAGGUACCUAAGCCAGCAAGUGGAAUUAGGAUACUGCCUGUUCCAUAAGUCUCCCAUAAAUCACAAUGGUGUACUAUUGACGCCCUGUGAGGUUCUCCUUUGCACCUUUUAACAUCCGUCUGGUAAGAAAAUGGGCGUUGGUGUAGAUCCUCUUUUGUGUUAAAAUUAGUCUAUAACCUGGGAAGGCAGCUACGAGGGGGGCUUGGAUGGCUUCUCCAUUCAUCUACGCUUAAUAACGAUAGUAAGUUGUUGACGCUCUAUUAAGUUCUCCAUUAUAUCUUUGAAAUCUAGCGAGUAAGAAAAGGAAUGUCGCUGUCGG